UUAGGAACACACCACAUCAAGACAAGCGAAGAUGGCGGAUGUGUUGAGUGUUCUCCGUCAGUAUAACAUCCAGAAAAAAGAAAUCGUCGCCAAAGGAGAUGAAGUUAUUUUUGGAGAGUUCUCCUGGCCGAAAAAUGUCAAGACCAACUACAUAAUCUGGGGUACUGGUAAAGAGGGCCAACCCAAGGAGUACUACACGUUGGACUCUAUCUUGUUUUUACUCAACAAUGUGCAUCUUCCUCAUCCAUCCUAUGUGCGGAGAGCUGCAACAGAGAACAUCCCUGUUGUCAGACGACCUGAUCGAAAAGGCUUGCUGUCAUAUCUUAAUGGCGAAAGUUCUACAUCAACAAGCAUUGAUCGAAGUGCACCCAUAGAAAUAGGUUUGCAAAGGCCGACACAAGUGAAAAGAGCAGCUGACGAGGUAUCUUCUGAAGCCAAAAAACCAAGAAUCGAGGAUGAAGAGCGAGUGCGUCUGGAUAAGGAGCGUCUCGCUGCCCGUCUGGAGGGCCACAAAGAGGGCAUUGUGCAGACAGACCAAAUCAGAUCUUUGUCUGAGGCCAUGUCAGUGGAGAAGAUUGCAGCCAUUAAAGCCAAGAUCAUGGCCAAGAAACGUUCCACCAUCAAAACAGAUCUGGAUGAUGACAUCACCCUGAAGCAGAGAAGCUUUGUGGACGCCGAGGUGGACGUCACCAGAGACAUUGUCAGCAGAGAGAGGGUGUGGAGGACCAGGACAACCAUCCUGCAGAGCACUGGAAAGAACUUUUCCAAGAACAUCUUUGCCAUCCUUCAGUCAGUGAAAGCCAGAGAAGAAGGUCGGGCGCCAGAGCAGAGACCAGCACAGAACACUACUCAAGCAGACCUGUCUUUAAGGAACAAGCAGCCUGUCCAAGCAGCCUACAACAGAUACGAUCAGGAGCGAUUUAAAGGAAAAGAAGAAACGGAGGGUUUCAAGAUCGAUACCAUGGGCACAUACCACGGCAUGACUCUGAAGUCAGUGACGGAAGGAGCAUCUGCUCGGAAGGCCCAGACCCCUGCUCUCCAGCCAGUCCCACGUCCAGUUUCACAAGCCAGACCUCCACCAAAUCAGAAAAAAGGUUCCCGGACGCCCAUCAUCAUCAUUCCUGCCGCCACCACCUCACUCAUUACCAUGCUUAAUGCUAAAGAUCUUCUGCAGGAUCUAAAGUUUGUUACACCAGAAGAGAAGAAGAAACAAGGCAUCCAGCGAGACAACGAGGUUUUACUUCAGAGACGCAAAGAUCAGAUCCAGCCUGGUGGAACGACUCUAAGUGUUACUGUUCCUUACAGGAUCAUUGAUCAGCCUCUUAAAUUGGCUCCACAGGACUGGGAUCGAGUGGUGGCCGUGUUCGUGCAGGGUCCUGCAUGGCAGUUCAAAGGCUGGCCGUGGCUACUGCCUGAUGGAUCUCCUGUCGACAUUUUUGCCAAAAUCCGAGCCUUUCAUUUGAAGUAUGAUGAGGCAAAAACAGACCCAAACGUGCAGAAAUGGGAUGUGACCGUACUGGAGCUGAGCCGCCACCGGCGCCAUCUGGACCGACCCGUCUUCCUACGUUUUUGGGAAACCCUCGACAGAUACAUGGUCAAACACAAAUCUCACCUCAGGUUCUGAGUCCAGAUAACAGCGUCCAUCUCUGAAAAUCCUACAAAUGUAUUCCCCAACCUUUUAACUCAACCCAGUCGUCCUCCUGCAGAGGACUCUUCUCUUAUCCAAGCUGUCUUUUCCUCCGUCUUCCUCCAACGUGAUGCCCACUCUUAAAGCUGGAGGACACGUGAUUCAGCAGACUUCCUCCAACACUUCCUCUUAGACUCCUGAUGUGAGCCACUGCAAAUAAUGCUCUGGACACUGAAGAGGGGAUAUUUUGUGUGGUUUUGUUUCUGUUUUAAUUGUUUUCUAAUGAUUUCAUGUAGUCAUGCAAAAAUACCAAAAUGUUUUAUAUAAAAGUUUGCUGUGGAAACAAAUUAGCUAACAUAAAGGGGUCUGAGGAGAAGGAGGGGUUGCACGUUAGUGACAGUGAAUUCAGUUCUGUAUAGAUGACGGGGAACAGCAAAAUGACUCAGUACAUACACACGAUUUCCUUUACACCUAUCCUCUUUUUUUAUUUGGGUGUAUGUGGUCUGAAUGUACAUAAAUGUAUGUUAAUACUACAGAUAAAAAGCUCUGUUCUGGCUCUGUAUGAUUAUCUCAGUUGGGCAGUCUGUUCUUAGCUCAGUUUCUGACAGAUCUCCUGGUCAUCCAAUGACCUUUAAAGUGUUCUUUUUCUUCUUUGUUGGUGUUGUGCUAGAGGAGACAGAAGAUGGAAGGUAUUGCUUUAAGGCAUCACAUGGAAAUAGACAAUAAAGCCUCAGAGAAACAUUAA